AUGGCGAUUCUGGUGGCGGAGGUGGUGUCGCCGGAGGAGAGCCCGGAGGAGUUGCGGGGCCAAGUUUUUUUCGUCCCCUUCUCACACCCCGAACUGCUCGACCCGCUAAAAAAAUCCCCUCGUUCGAUCCCCAACCUCCCCCCAGUCCCGUCGCCGCUGCUGCCUAUCCCGCCUCCUACCGGUGCGCCACCACUCCCGCCUCCUUCCGGCGCGCCGUCAUCCCUGCCUCCUACCGGCGCGCCGCCAGACCCUCCUUCUUCCCUGGAGUGCCGCCACCCCGCUACCCCCGCCAUCUCCCACCAUGGGGUAACCCUAGAUGGCCGCCGGCCCGCCGUCGCCGACGUCGCCUCCUUCUCCCUUGGCCCUCAGCCACCCAACGGCAGCUGCAUCACGCCGAUUAGGUCUUACCCCAGGACAGCCACGGGUGUCGUCAUCUCCAGAAGCCUGCCCCCAAAUCGUUGCCACCUGCGCCUCCGAUUCAGCCAACGUCGGUCAUCUCCCUCUUCGUCCUCCACGGGUGUUGCUCUGCCUCGGUCUAUAAUUAACGUCCAUGCCCCAACGCCUUCUCACUGUUCCUCCCCUGAGCGCACCCCGCGGCUAACCCUAGGGACCGAGUCGGGCUUGCCGGCACGGCCGCGUCGUGUGCUGUUGGCACCCCACUCCACCUGCUAUGUUGCGCCCCGGUCUCCAACAGCCAUUCCGAGGAACCCAUCUCGCCGCCACCAUCGUCUGCUAUCCUCCAAUAAGUGUGUUGCGGUACGCCGAUGUCCUCCCAUCGGCAAGCUCCGCCCCUGCUGGCAUCGUCCACUCACACCAUGUCCUCCUCUUUGCCAAGCAGCGUUAAGUGGUGAUUAUCAGAAGUCCAAGACCACACUGUAGGCAGGAAAAAGGAAUGUUCUUGGUAAGCUAUAGUAUUCCAUUCUUAAUUUACUCACUUCAAUGCAUAGUUUUGUUAGUUCUUCCAUUAGUUUCUAUUGAAGUAUGCUCAAUGGGAUAGGGUUUAGAAAGUUAUAUGCAUAAUGGGAGAUUACUUGAUUUGCUAAUCCUUAUCUGGUUAGCGAUUCCUCACAAACUCAAGCGAUAAUAUGCACAUGUUUCUUCGUGCCGUACUUUGAUCUAUGCGUGCUGAUUGAGAGAUUCUUGGUCUUCAGUUUUUAUGUACAACUCAAGUGACCAAAUUGUAUUAGAUUCUUUUCCCUCACAAACUGCGGUCUUGAUGCCUUCCUGUUGAAAAAAAAAAGAAAUGGGGGCAUGGGGCACAUUAUGCAGUCAGAACCUAGCUGUUACUAUACGACCAUGAACAUAAUUCUGGGAGGUAGCACGUGGUCGUUCUUAGUAAUAGUAUGUUGGAAUUGUAGGAUAUGGCUCUCAUU